AUGUACUUCAUUUUCUCAAAAGCAGAGGUUCAGAGCUCAGCGGAACCAUUUCAGUUUUCUGUAGUCUUGAAGUUUCUAAGGCGAAGGCCGUCGUUGGAUCAAAUUAGAAGCAGUAUUCAAAAUCGUUGGGGUCUGAAAGCCAUUCCAGUGAUUGGGCAGUUAAGGAACCCACGUAAUGUCCUUAUUCGGCUGGUUAUGGAGGAAGAUUUUAUUUCAGUGAUGGCUAGGGGAAACUCUGAAUUGCUGGGGGUUCCUUAUAGGAUAUUCCAUUGGUCUCCUGAUUUUAUUGAGGAAGAAGAUUCACCAUGGGUUCCGUUUUGGCUAUCUUUACCUGGGCUUCCACCAAACUUUUUUCAGGAGUCUAUCUUACGGAGCAUUGGUGAUGGAAUUGGUAAGUUUUUGAAGAGGGAUAAUGCAACGGCUUGUGUAACACGCCCAGAAGCAGCUCGUAUUUGUGUGGAGGUUAAUGUGGCUGGUUCGUUACGGAAAUCAUUCUGGUUGGGUGCCUUACAUGGAGAGACUAGUCAUUUUCAAGAAAUAUUCUACGAAUCAGUCCCUAGUUAUUGUUGUUCCUGUCGAAAACAGGGGCACACGGAGGAGAGAUGUAACCGGAAUAGAGUGAGCACGAGGAAGAAGGAGGGUCAGGGAGGGGGAGGCCAAAAUAAUUCUGGAAAGGAAUUGGUUGAGGACUUGGCUCUUGUUACGAUGAAGGUGCAGCAGCUGGUGUCUGAGAUCGCUGCAAAGCCUCAGGUUGAGAGGAGCUUAGACGGAAGCAAUCAGGAAAAUGAGUUGGAGCAGGCGGGGGAGCUGGAAAUUGUUUUGCCGAUUCACUCACCGAAUAGGAGUCCUGCAAAAUGGAGUGAUAUGGAGGAUGACAAUGAUUCCGAUUCAGGUUCGGAGGCUCUGCACAGUUCUACCAUUUCAGGACCGAGAAGUAUAUUGAGAAUGAUAGAUGAAUCUUUAGAAUUUGAACUUGGGAGUAUGGCUAGAGAUGGGGAUUUUUUGACUUCGGGAAGGCUGGAACCAGGGGAAUCUGGCCGAGCGGGGUUGGAAGGUGAUCAAGAUGAAGAAUUAAAUGAGCUGGCUGCCAAGAUGUUCAAUUUAGAUCCAGACAUGCAUGUACCUCUAAAAUAG